CACAAGGGGCUGGUGCUCAUCGGCGAGAUCAUCCUGUGCCUGCUGACCCUGAUCUGCUUCGGGGCGUCGCGCUCCGGCUACGCGGGGCUGGCUGCGGUGGAGCUGGUGUUCGCAGCACUGGUGCUGCUGGCCUGGAGCUGCCGCCUGCCGCCCCGGCUGACCCUGCUGCACUGGGGCUGGAGUGACUUCAUGCGCUGCAUCAUCGGGGCUCUGCUCUUCCUCAUCACCUCCCUCAUCGUCAUUGUUGGCCACCGGGACGGCGCCGGCAUCGCAGGAGGGGUGUUCGGGAUCCUGGCCGGGAUCCUCCUGGGAUACGAUGCCUACAUCACCCUCCCCACACGGCAGGGCCACACUGCCGCCCCCACUGAAUCCCCAGACGGUGCCUGAACAACCCAGCAAACCAAACGGAGACCUCCACAAACCUCCCCCACCACGGGGGGACCCCCAGCCUUAAAUUAUUGAGGGGUCCCGACGCCUGGGUCCCCCCGGGGAGGGACAGGGGUAGAUCUGGGGGUCCCUCAGGGCUUGCCCCUCCACCAAAUAUCUUCACAAGUGCCUUGAACCACCUGUGCCUCGGUUUCCUCCUGGGGAGACCCUCCUCAGGUUUAAAGGUGCCUUUGCCUCUCACGGGUUCUGGGGUGCCUGCCUCAGUUUCUGAGGUGCCUCCGUUAAUUUUUGGGGUGUUCUCCCUCCCCAGCCAGCGGGAGGUUUUUGGGGGCAAUAUAUUGGGAAAUAAAGGGGUUUUAUUACUGCA